AUCCUAAUGAACAACCGCGGCGAACUCAAACUCGCUGACUUCGGCAUGGCCCGCUACUUCGGCGACCCCUCGCCCCCAAAAAUGACCCAACUCGUCGUCACCCUCUGGUAUCGCGCCCCCGAACUGCUCCUCGGCACCUCGUCCUACGGCAAGCCCGUCGACAUGUGGAGCGUUGGCUGCAUCUUCGGCGAGCUCCUCACCAAAGAGCCCCUCCUACAGGGCAAGAACGAAGUCGACGAGCUCGCUAAGAUCUUCGAGCUCUGCGGCAUCCCAACCGAAGAGUCGUGGCCGGGCUUCAAGCGCCUUCCAAACGCGAAGAGUCUGAGGCUACCGCGGACGCCUCAAACACAAGGCUCUAUUAUCAGGUCGAAGUUUCCGUUUUUGACGGGUGCGGGUGCGGCGUUGUUGACGAGUCUCUUGUCACUGAACCCGGAGCGAAGGCCUUCGGCUGCGGAAAUGCUGGCUCAUCCCUACUUCAAAGAAGAUCCUAGGCCGAAGGCGACGGCGAUGUUUCCAACGUUUCCUAGCAAGGCGGGUCAGGAGAAGCGGCGGAAGGUAGCGAGUCCGAGUGCACCACAGAGGGGGCAGGCGCCGAAGAUUGAUGCUGGCGAGGUUGACUUCAGUGGCAUCUUCGCAGGGAGGGACUUGGAGGAAAGUGGUGCUGGGUUUCAGUUGAAGUUAGUGUAGAUAGUUUGCGAAUGGCUCAGUGAGCGAUAAUGCCUUACAGCGAUUCAUGAA